AUGUACAACAUGCUGGAGACCGACCUCAAGCCUCCCGGCCCGCAGCAAACUUCGGGGGGCGGCGGUGGCGGCGGCGGCGGUGGCGGCGGCGGCGGCCCCAACUCCACUUCGGCGGGCGGCACGAACCAGAAGAACAGCCCGGAUCGCGUGAAGCGGCCCAUGAAUGCCUUCAUGGUGUGGUCCCGCGGGCAGCGGCGCAAGAUGGCCCAAGAGAACCCCAAGAUGCACAACUCCGAAAUCAGCAAGCGACUUGGCGCCGAGUGGAAGCUGCUGUCCGAGGCCGAGAAGCGUCCCUUCAUCGACGAGGCCAAGCGGCUACGCGCCCUGCACAUGAAAGAGCACCCGGACUAUAAGUACCGGCCACGCCGGAAAACCAAGACGCUGCUCAAGAAGGACAAGUACACGCUGCCCGGCGGCCUGCUGGCGCCCGGCGGCAACAGCAUGGGCGGCGGCGUCGGCGUCGGGGCCGGCGGCCUGGGCGGCGGCGUCAACCAGCGCAUGGACAGCUACGCGCACAUGAACGGCUGGAGCAACGGCGGCUACGGCAUGAUGCAGGAGCAGCUGGGCUACCCGCAGCACCCGGGCCUUAACGCGCACAAUGCGGCUGCGGCGGCGGCCGCCGCAGCCGCAGCCGCCCAAAUGCAGCCCAUGCACCGCUACGACGUGAGCGCCCUGCAGUACAACUCCAUGACGAGCUCGCAGACUUACAUGAACGGCUCGCCCACUUACAGCAGCAUGGCGUACUCGCAGCAGGCCGCCCCCGGCGGCGGCGCUGGCGGAGGCGGCGGUGGCGCCAUGGCCCUGGGUUCCAUGGGCUCCGUGGUCAAGUCGGAGGCUAGCUCCAGCCCCCCUGUGGUCACCUCAUCGUCGCACUCCAGGGCGCCCUGCCAGGCCGGGGACCUGCGGGACAUGAUCAGCAUGUACCUGCCCAGCGCCGAGGUGCCCGAGCCCGCGGCGCCCAGCAGACUGCACAUGUCCCAGCACUACCAGGGCGCGCCGGUGCCGAGCACGGCCAUCAACGGCACGCUGCCCCUGUCGCACAUGUGAGCCCCGGAGCCCGGCAGGACAAGAACAUUUUUUUUAAAGAAAAAGAAAAAAAAAAGACACAAAGAGACUGUAUGGCAUAGAGAAAGGGGGCCCGCCGCACCACGGGGUGGGAGGGGGGAAAUGCCCCACCACCUACAG